AUGGAGAUUGAGCCCUCGUACACUGACUUUAUUUCCUGUGAUCGCACUGGGCGGAGGAACGCUAUCCACGACAUCCAAGGAGACGCAACCUCCAUCAGCAUGCGGAAGCUGGCAGGCGACAUAGGCGAGCUCUCCAUUGAAGGAGCAGGAAACCAAGCUGCUGCUUCUGAGAAGGAACCUGAAGCGAGACUUGAGGGGCAAGAUGGCACCCCCCCAUCAUGA